ACAGACUUUCACUUUGCAUGUUUCGUUCUCAUAAACUACUCAACGUGAAAGACUGAGGAAGAGAGUAAAGAAAAAGAGGAAGGAAAAAGCAUCAGGGGGAAGGAAAUGCGAUAAGAAAUAAAUGCUUUUAGGAAACCGUCAUUCAGUGAGACAGGGAAGAGCCUCUGUGAUGAGGAGGUAGGGAGGAAGCGAAGGAGACUAGGGAAGGGGAUGAAGCGCAAGGAGGAGGAGUAAAUCAGUGUUGGAGACUGACGCGGAAGAAGAAUCAGCCUCGGAAAAGGAAGAAGAAACCCGAAAUGAAAGCAGCCCCCCCGUCAGGGGGACUUCACACUUGUUGAUUAUCGUCGGUCUCCAGUACUAAGGCGCUUUUUGGACUUCUUUUCGACCGAUUUGUCGUGUCUUUCUGCGGGCUUGGACCGGCUGUUUUGGGGGUGCCUGGCUGGCUGAGUGAUCGCUGAGACUGAAAAGAUCACCCAUCCAUUUCACAGACUUCACGCUGCUGCGGACACACUCGGCAUCCAGUUCUGCCCGAUCGAUAUUUCAUCAUUUAUUCAUCCACCUUCCUUAGCAGGGAGCUUCGGGGAAGUGGCCGAGCAGGGCGCCCUGUCCUCCGCGCUGCGCCGCUGGGUGGCACCGCUGUCUCCGGGCGGAGGGUCUUUCUGAUCGCGGGGAUCGAGAGCUGCAGACGCCGUCGAAAAGGAUCGAAAAUCCAGCAUUAAUAUCUCACUGGAACAGCUGUCGUGUAUUUUGGGAGAGUGGCUGGUCGAUAAAUGUGCAGGGAGUUUGUUUUUUAACGAGCCUGUGAGGCGGGAUUCUCAGACAGCACACCGACCUCGGCGCCCUUUCCGCCGGGCAGCACCGCUGGCUCCAGCCGGUGCGAUGACCGACCCUCCACGGGGCGACACCGACGUCACAAUCGCCAUAAACUGACCUCGUUUGGAUCACAGAGCCGUGAACUGGUGGCCUGUUGUGUGUUUUAGGACCUGGAUAAUUAUCUUCCAGAGCGAGGGGGAAAGUCCAGGACACACACCGAGCACGGCGCCCUUUGCCGGGCUGCGCCGCUGUGUUUGGCCCGGUGGGAUGUCUCUCCACUACGGGUGAACUACUUCCUAGAAAUCCAGCCCUUUUGGCACCAGGAGUUACCGCUGUUGAACCCCGUGUUGUCGCCCUGCUGUUGGGAAGUUUUUAUAAGAGGGCGGGCAGGAGGACAUGGCGGACUCCGGCCGGCCCAGACCGGCGGACCCUGAUGCCGCAGAGAGCCGGACAGCGAGCCCGCUGGCCGGGAAGAAGAGGGCGCAGCAGUCCCCCGGACUCCGGUCCAAGUACCAGAGCUCUGCACCGGGUCACUGCUUUAAGAAAGUCACCCUGACCAAACCUACCUUCUGCCACAGCUGCAGCGACUUCAUCUGGGGGAUCAUCGGCUUCUUGUGUGAAGUGUGUAACUUCAUGUGUCACGAAAAAUGCCUGAAGACGCUGCGGAAGGUUUGUUCCUCCAUGACUCCGUCUCUGGUCCAGGUGCCGGUGGCUCACUGCUUCGGUCCCGCCGGUCAGAAGAAACGUUUCUGCUGCGUCUGCAGGAAACAAACAGAGGGAAGCACGGCGCUGCGCUGCGAAGUGUGUGAGCUGCAUGUCCACGCCGACUGUGCCAUCUUCACCUGUGCCGACUGUCGCAGCUGCCACCUGGACGGGAUUCUGGAGCAGGAUACGUUCCACCACCACUGGAGGGAGGGAAACCUGGCGUCAGCGGCAAGGUGUGAGGUUUGCCGGCGUUCGUGCGGGUCGUCUGACGUCCUGGCAGGGAUGAGGUGCGAGUGGUGCGGCAUCACGAGCCAUGCGGCAUGUUACCUCGGCGUGCCGGCAGAGUGCACUCUGGGACGUCUGCGCUGCAUGCUGCUGCAUCCGGCCUGUGUCCGCCUCGACUCCAGAAACUUCAGCAAGAUGCACUGUUACCGCAUCGCUGAGAGCUGCAGCCACGAGCUGGAUAACUGCGAUGAUGCUGAUCUCUCUGCUGCAGCAGCGCCAGCAUCCAAAGACGGUCAGCCGGCUGCCUCAGAGUCAGGUAAACAGUUUCUCAAGGUGUUUGAUGGCGACGAUGCAGUCAAGCGCGGUUUCUUCCGACUGGUCUCAAUCACAAAGAAUGAGGAAGUGGUGGAGGCGGCGCUGAGGGCCUUCUACCUCCCCGACGACCCUCAGGACUUCGAGCUGCAUGAAAUCGGCGGCCUGCAGCGUCUGCACAGCGACGACAUCCUGAACCGUAACGGCAGCCCGGACAACAGGAACUCGCUGAAGGACGGAGGCGACUCGUGGCUGCUGAGGGCAAAACCACGAGUCACUGAGGUCAUCAAGGUGUACACUGACUGGCCCAGGUCAGGCGUUGCUUUCAUUUCGGUUUCCGUCUCAGACAGCAGCACGACGUCCUCGGUCCUCGCCGAGGUCCUCAGUAAGCUGGACAGACAGGAGGAAGAUCUAUCAAAAUUCUCUCUGCUGGAGGUCUGCAUGAGCAGCAAGCAAGUGCAGAGACAGGCGCUGACUCCUCAGGAAAAGCUUCGGGACAAACUGCAGGAGAUCAGGAAGGUGUCUCUGCGGCAGAUGAACCAGACUCGGUUCUACAUCGUGGAGAACAAGAACCGGGCGGUGCGGGUGGAGCUGCUGAUUGGAGGGCUGCCCCCCCUGCUCACCACAGAAAAGUACACGCAGCUGAUCGAGGAACACCUCGCCAUCAAGAGUCACCUGGUCACCAUCAGCAAUUUCUAUCUCAAUCAAGGUGCGGUGGUGUUGCAGAUCUCGUGUUUCGCUGAAGCGGAGAGGAUCUACAUGCUGGCUAAAGAUACUUCCAUCAACAACAAGACGCUCACCUCGCUGGUUAUUCCGGCGAUCACGCACAACACACCAGGAGAAGAUGUGUGUCCUCUGCUGGUGUUUGUCAACCCGAAGAGUGGCGGUCUGAAGGGGAGAGAGCUCCUCUACGGUUUCCGGAAGCUCCUGAACCCUCACCAGGUCUUCGACAUCAUGAACGGAGGCCCGCUGGCCGGCCUGCACACAUUCAGGGAGGUUUCCCGGUUUCGGGUGCUGGUCUGCGGGGGCGAUGGGACGGUGGGCUGGGUCCUGGGAGUGCUGGAGGCUGUAAGGCACAAACUGACCUGUCGCGAACCGCCCAUUGGCAUUGUACCACUGGGAACAGGUAACGACUUGGCUCGUAUCCUGCGGUGGGGUCCAGGUUACAGUGGUGAGGACCCUUACCACAUCCUAGUGUCGGUUUAUGAGGCUGAUGAGGUUCUGAUGGACCGCUGGACCAUCCUGCUGGACGCCCAGGAUGUCUCAGAGGAUGGCAAAGACAACGACUUCUUGGAGCCACCCAAGAUUGUCCAGAUGAACAACUACUUUGGUCUCGGUAUCGACGCGGAGCUCAGCCUCGACUUCCACCUGGCUCGAGAGGACGAACCCGACAAAUUCACCAGCAGGUUUCAUAACAAAGGUGUGUAUGUGAAGGUAGGCCUGCAGAAGAUCAGUCACACCAGGAGUCUCUACAAAGAGCUGCAGCUUCACGUGGACGGGCAGGAAGUCCCAUUACCCAACAUAGAGGGGCUAAUCUUCCUCAAUAUACCCAGUUGGGGUUCAGGUGCUGAUCUCUGGGGGUCAGAGGUCGACAGUCGCUAUGAGAAACCCAGCAUCGAUGACGGCCUGUUGGAGGUGGUUGGGGUCACAGGGGUCGUCCACAUGGGCCAGGUGCAGAGUGGUUUCCGUUCCGGGAUUCGCAUUGCUCAAGGGAACUACAUCAGGCUGACAUUGAGGAAACCGAUACCAGUCCAGGUGGAUGGAGAACCGUGGAUCCAGCCGCCGGGACACAUCAUCAUCUCUGCUGCUGGACCAAAGGUUCGGAUGCUGAGGAAGUCCAAGCAGAAGCAGAAGAAGUCAUCAGCUAACAUGAGGGACGGACACUCGGAAAGUCCUUCUUCCAGAGAUGGACACUGACCCGAUCACCCGAUAAUGGCCGUCCUGCCUGUUAUCUGCCUCCUGCUACUGCACAUGGGUAACCAUUUUGGUGCCAGCAGCCAGCUGUGAAUUCACUUAUGUAGCUUUGCAGCGACACUAACGGGCCGCAGACGGAACACAGACUCGUGGACGUUUACCGUCUUGCAAAGUGGGAGAAAGUCAUGGAUCACUUGGGAUUGCAUUUCAUGCCUACUGUCCAGGCGCCGACCAUUUACAGAAAUCACAGUAACCGUGGUUAAUAAUUCCACUCCUAACUUUUUUACUUAACAGUAAAUAACUCACAGCAGGAUGUCUGCAUAGACUGCAAAAGAAAUUGUGUUGAAUUUUGACCAUUUCUCAGUAUGAAUAAGCUCUGCGCUGGAACAAAAAACAUCUAGACAAGUAUUUAAAGUGUCUGUCCGGACGUGACUGUAUAUGUGCAGUAAGUAGCAGUACUCAGUGUCAGCUGAUAUAUUAUAUAAUAACUUUAGUCGUGAAAAAUAAUGUGCAGCUAUAGAAUAAUUAUGACCUCAGUGUUGGUCUGUUUGUCAUCAGAAAAUAUGAAGAAAGCGGAUACUGAAGACAGCGACGGGCAGUUUUUUAAAAGCUGUUACUACAUAAUGUUUCUCGAAAGCAGUAAUUUCCUGGGAGGCCCCACUACCCUUCUUCUUCUUCUUCUUCUUCUUCUUCUUCUUGAUUUCUUGUAUGAAAUCCUUUAGUAAUAUUUACACACAGUGUAGAAAUUUUACACUAUUGAGCAUAAUUAAAGUCAGAUCAGGGUGAGCUAUGCUAAGCAGGGUUAGCUGGAAAGAAGAACAGUAAAGCCUGGAGCAGGUUGUAGUUCAGCAAAGGGAGAGCUGUUUAUUUUUGAUGCUCACACAGAUUGCAGUAAAGCUUGUCUUACAUAGAAAUAGAUAAUUUAGAAUAAUUUUAAAAAAUACCAAAGGCCACCUAAUAAUUUAGUUUCAA